AUGGGUGGUGACAGCUCUACUAAUUUAUCUCAUCUUUUUGUUCAAUCCGACUUCGGCGAAACUGACUUGGCCGGUGCAGCUUCACCGGACGACCUCUUUAGCAUUUUUGAGGCUUUGGAUGGUGGCUUCCCGGAGUUUUCUCCAGUCACACGAUUGGAAGAAACUGUUAUGGGUUCUAAAGAAGGCGAAAAAUCAUCUUCUUCAAGUGCUUUCCAAGAGUUUGAAGCCGAGCUUGACGCUUUACCCAAGUGCAAGAGGCAGAAGUUCACAGCGACAACAUCUUCGGUGGAAGCACAACCAAAGGUUUCUCACAUAACUGUGGAGCGCAACCGGAGGAAGCAGAUGAAUGACAACUUGUCUGUCUUGAAGUCUUUGAUGCCUUGCUUCUAUGUCAAAAGAGGAGAUCAAGCUUCGAUAAUAGAAGGGGUUGUGGAUUAUAUCAACGAAUUGCAGCAAGUUCUACAGUCUCUGGAGGCCAAGAAGCAAAGGAGAGUUUACAGUGAAGUUUUAAGUCCUAGGCUUAAUGUUUCAAGUAGUCCAAGACCAUCGACACCCGUGCCUAGCCCUAGAAUGCCACCUCUGAGCCCUAGACUGAACUUACCCAUAAGCCCAAGAACCCCACAACCAAGUAGCCCUUACAAGCCUAGGUUGCACCAAGGUUACCAGCUCUCUCCAACCAUGAUCACCACCACAGCAGUACUCGAAGCGUCUCCUUCUUCUUCCACUUCCUCCAUUGAUCACAAUGCUAAUGAGCUUAUUGCUAACUCAAAAUCAGCAAUUGCUGAUGUCGAAGUGAAGUUCUCCGGUCCAAAUUUGCUUCUAAAGACGGUGUCUUCUCGAAUACCUGGACAAGUUGUGAAGAUGAUCUCCGCCCUUGAAGACCUCUCCCUCGAAGUCCUCCAUGUGAGUGUCAAGACCAUGGAUGAAACCAUGCUAAGUUCAUUCACCAUCAAGAUUGGAGUUGAGUGCCAACUUAGUGCUGAGGAUCUAGCUCAUCAAAUUCAGCAAACAUUCUGCCAAGUCUACUAA